AUGAAGGUCAAGUGCUCCGGCUCGCAGCCGUGCGCCCGCUGCGACAGGAAGAAGCACCGGUGCAUCUUUGCGGCCGAGGACAAGAGGGUGUCGGUGCCGGAGAGUUACCUCCGUGAGCUUCAGAACCAGAGACGGAACAGCGAGCAGGCGUCGGACCGCUCGGCGAGGGCCGUCAGCCGCGCCGACGAUGCCGAGGACGACGUCCGGGGCCGGUACGCAGAUGCAUACGCGACGCCGCAUCCCACGUCUCUGGGCCCGAGCGAGGAUGCCGCCGCCGCCGGUCAGCUGGAGACCCCGAGUAAUGACAGUCCGCGUCCGGGUGGCCCCGCGGCCUCCGAACCCGACACGGAGGUGGAAGACGCCCCGUCAGCCCUCGGGGAGCAGAGCGACUUCGGGCCCGGGUUCCGGCAGAACCCUUUGGUGGACAACGACUACACGUUUGCAAAAGUCGGCGAACGGUACUGGUACAUGGGCCCGACGUCGUCGUGGUCCUUCUGCCGGCGUGUCCUCGCCCUCCUCGGGAAACGCAUCCCGGAGGCCGCCCCGGACCCGUGGCACCUCCCGCACGAGGGCGCCUUCAGGAUGCACUGGACGCCGCUCGGCGCCUCCGAGGCCCCCGACGUCUCGAACCUCCCGCCGCUGGACUACGCCAUGUUCCUCUUCAACACGGCCAAGUUCUACCUCGGCGCCGUCUUCUACCUCGUCGACGAGCCGUCCUUCCUGCGCGAGAUGCGCGAGCUGUACGAGGACCCGGCGGCCAAGGCGGCCUCGUCGCGGCUGUGGUACGCCCAGUACCUGCUCAUCCUGGCCUUUGGCAAGGCCUUCGUGGUGAGCGGCGGCGGCCCGCAUGCCACGGCGCCCCCGGGGGCCCAGUACGCCGCCCGGGCGAUGGCGUUGCUGCCGGACCUGUCCGGGCUGAACCCGGACUCGAUCCUCUCGAUCCAGGCUCUGGCGCUGGCGGCCGUGUAUUUCCAGUGUUUGGACAUGAGGCUGGCGGCGUAUCAACAUAUCGGCCAGGCGCUGCGCAUCGGCAUCGUCGAGGGCAUCUACAGGCACAUGCCGGAGGAGGUCGUCGGCACCGAGUACUCGCGCCGCUGCAACAUCGUCUUCUGGGUCGUCUACACCCUCGACCGGGAGUUCUCGGCCCUCAUGGGGGCGCCGACGUCGAUCCGGGACGAGGACAUCACCGUCAAGCUGCCGUCCAAGAUGGACGGGUCGCUCGACGCGCUGAACAUGACGCUGCAUGUGCGGCUAUCGCGGUUGAUGGCGCGCAUCCUCACGACCGUUUACGGCGUCGGCAAGGAGUUUGACGGCUCGCUUGUCUUGAACACUCAGUCGAUUCUCAGAGAUCUUGCCCGUCUAUCCCGAGACUUGACGGCACUGCUCGACACACACUUCCAAGGGUCCGUCAGCAGGGCAUCGAGGAUGGCGUUGCGGCUCAUCCUGUCUUAUCACCACUGCGUCGUCCUCACCACCAGACCCCUCGUCAUGUGCGCCCUCCACAUGCACAUCGAGCACUCGGACAACCGGCACUCCCAGACCGUCAGCCUGACGCCCCCCGUCGCCUCGCUCCUCCAGUCGUGCGUCGACUCGGCCCAGACGGUCCUCCGCACCCUCCGCGUCCUCGGCGACGAGGACCUCCUCGAGGCCUUCCUGCCCUUCCAGCUCGAGGACGCCUUCUCAUCGGCCUUCCUCCUCUACCUCAUCCGCGUCAUCAGCCCGUCGCUGCUGCAGGACGACGCCUGGUGCGACAACAUCAAGUGCGUCCUCGACCGCAUGAUCGCCAAGGGCAGCCUCGUGGCGCCGCUGCGCCGGUUGGAGCUCAGCCAGCUCGAGCACAUCAUGUCGGCGCUGACGCCGGCGGGCGAGGAGCCGCCGACGCCGCCGCCGAGCACCGCGCAGCAGCAGCAGCAGCAUCAUCAUCAGCAGCACGCGCAGCAACACGUGCAGCAUGGUCAACACCACGGGUCACACGAGCACGGGUCGUUCCUGGACCAGAUGGAGGAGGCCGGGUGGGACAUCUUUGACACGAGCGGCAUGGGCGGGCUGUCGCCGCAGGCGCUGUUGGACCUGGCGGAGCGGUUGGACGUGGAGGAUCUGAUACAGUCCGUCGACGGGGACGGGGAUCACAGGUGA